CAAUUUUUCCUUUAUUCUCGUUAUUAGUUCUGUCCAUGCUUUAGAGCUACCAGACUUGAACAGUGGACUUUCAUAAUAUCCAUACAAAAGGCUUACAACAGCGCGGACCUAUCAAAUUAUCUGCUCGUACAUUAGAGGAUUGCUUGCAUAGGCGUAAUAGCAAAAACUGCUAAGUAAAGAUGGCGGAUGCUUUGCGGAGUCAGCUAGAAGCAGGGCCACGCGACUCGCUGCUGGACGUCAUCUUAAAUAGAGUGCAAAAAGCUGGCAAGGCUGUGCUAGUCACAAGAAUAGUCUACGUGGCUCGGAUGCUGCAACGACAUAACACCAUGGACGCCGUGAAAGGGCAACUCUCUCGUAUAGUAGAAAAGAACAGCCAGGAUGGCGAAAUCACGGGCUUCUUGCUCGUCUACCCGCUGUGUUACAUCCACGUCAUUGAGGGCAAGACGCCGCAGCUGAUGGCGGUGUUGCGGGACGUGCAGUCGCAGGGGUCCGACCUGCGGCUGUCAGAAACACGGAUAAUAUCCAGCUGCGAGGACGUGCCUGCGCGCUACUUCAGCGCCUGGUACGCGGCCUACAUGCCCUCCGUCAGCAACGUGGAGGCCAUGGACCCGCUGGACGCCUUCGGGGCGGUCAAGUCCGCAUCCGACAUCAACGGCUUCCUGCGUAAAGCUGGGCCCGAGCUGACCAGCCCCAACGAUAGUGACACGCGGCGCAAGCUGAACACCGUUGAGAGCUCCUUCGAAGACGUGCCGGCGCAGGAGCUGGUGCUGUCGCUGACACCCACGGAGGACGCUCCCACGCUGGCCGAGUACUUGGACAUCUUCGACUCGCCCGUCAACGUGGACCUGGAGAGCGAGCAGGUGUGGCCCAUGCCGCCGCCGCUCAAGUACUGAAGCAGCUGCUGAAGCAAGCACUGAACCCCAGCAGAGGCGGCCCUGGACUGUCGGGACGUGUCGGGGCCGUGUCCCAGCCGGGGUCCGUUGUGUGGAUGGAGCUGGGGUAAGACUUGGGGUGAGGCCUGGGAGCAUGGGGUUGAGCUCGGCAGCAGCUUGUGGUUGCGUCGGCGGGCGGGUCACAGAGGCAGCGGCGACAUGAGGGGAUCGGCCAGCGGAGUGAUGCAGCUUGGGGGCGUGGUAGGAGUCCAUGUGGGGUGCAACAUGCAGCGUGUACAGGCGCUAGGUGUAUAUAUUAAAGGUUAUGGCUAAGGAAGGGGAUGCAGCGAAGGCGGAAACGCCGCUGUGAGCGGUCCUUAACGUUUAUUGGGGCGUGUAGGAGGAUGCGCGAGCAUAUGGCUCUUCAUGCUGGGCAGGUGGCGGAG